AAGGAAGAAGUUCAGAAGCUCAUCCAAAACGGCUUCAUCCGAGAGGCAACCUACCCUAGAUGGGUCUCCAACCCGGUUUUGGUAAGGAAAAACAACGGCAAAUGGAAGGUGUGCAUUGACUUCACCAACCUCAAUAGAGCUUGUCCGAAAGAUAGUUUUCCACUCCCAAGGAUUGACCAACUAGUGGAUUCCACUGCUGGGCACGAGUUGUUGAGCUUCAUGGACGCGUACUCCGGCUGCAACCAAAUCCCCAUGCACCCGACCGAUGAAGAGCACACCUCUUUCAUUACGGACCGAGGCCUCUAUUGUUAUAGAAUGAUGCCCUUCGGGUUGAAAAACGUCAGAGCAACCUACCAAAGACUCGUAAACCAGAUGUUUGUAGACCUCAUUGGCAAAACAAUGGAGGUCUACGUGGACGACAUGCUAGUAAAAAGUUUGGAGGCCGAAGACCACAUAAAGCACCUUAACAGCACUUUCCAGAUCCUAAGAAGAUAUAGGAUGAGGCUCAACCCCCACAAGUGCGCCUUCGGGGUAGCCUCCGGCAAGUUCUUGGGGUACAUGGUCAACCAACGGGGAAUUGAGGCCAAUCCCGAGAAGAUUGAAGCUUUGUGCAAGAUGAGGUCCCCCCAAAAGCCGAAGGAGGUGCAAAGUCUUACCGGGCGAGUGGCUGCACUUAGCCGCUUUGUGUCCAAAGCUACGGACAAAUGCCUCCCCUUUUUCAAAGUAAUGAAGGCUGGGAAGAAAUUCCAGUGGACUGAGGAAUGUGAAGAGGCUUUCCAAUGCUUGAAAAGACACUUGGGGCAGGCCCCCCUCCUUUCCAAACCUAAGCCCGGUGAUAUCCUACAACUAUAUUUGGCCAUCUCCAAUGAGGCCAUCAACUCGGUACUCCAAAAGCCUGACGCCUCAGGAAGGUUAUUGAAAUGGGCGGUAGAACUCAGUGAAUUUGACCUUGUAUUCAAGGCUAGGGCAGCCAUAAAAGGGCAAGCCUUAACUGACUUUGUGGCUGAAUUCGCCAACCUACCCAAGGUGGACGAAAUCAUGGAACCUAUCGAACCCCCCAUGUGGAAUCUUUUCGUUGAUGGGUCAGCUGGGGAAGUUGGCUCCGGUGCUGGGGUUGUUCUCAUCAGCCCCGAAGGUCACAAACUUACCUCGGCGGUGAGGUUCGGAUUCAAAGCUACCAAUAACGCAGCAGAGUAUAAGAUCCCUCACAUCGAAAAUGCACAUGCUGAUGCACUAUCAAAGCUAGCUAGCAGCAAGGACUCAGAGUUACUCACAGUAGUACCUAUUGAGCACCUCCUCCUACCUUCGAUCGAGGCCCCAACAGUAAUGUGGGUCACUGGGACUCCCAUUUGGAUGCAACCAAUCGUAGCAUACCUCAAAGACCAGCGACAACCAUCGCAGGAGCUGACCACCGUCUCUACCCCCUGGCCUUUCUCAAAAUGGAGUGUGGACCUCAUAGGUCCCCUACCUAAGGGCAGAGGAGGGGCAAGUUUUACAAUUGUGGCUAUUGAUUACUUCACGAAGUGGGUCGAAGUCGAACCACUGGAAAAAAUCACUGAAGCCAACACCUCCAAGUUCUUAUGGAAAAAUAUUAUUUGCCGAUUCGGGAUUCCCCACUCAAUUGUCUCAGACAAUGGCAGACAAUUUGACAACAAGAAAGUUAGAGAAUUAUGCGAAGAGCUCGGCAUAAAGAAGCACUUCUCCAUACCUCACCACCCACAAGCAAACGGCCAAGUCGAGGCCGUGAACAAGACGAUUAAGCACAUCUUGAAAAGAAAGCUGGAUGUAUCAAAAGGGGCCUAG